GGCUUCGGCGCCAGUGCGCGUGCGCGGGGCCGGAGCCUCGGCUCUCCGGGGCGUCUGGAGAUGGCGGCCGCCGGGGAACCUUCGCCGGAGCCGGCGGCUUCGGAACCGCCGGCGGAGCUGCCUGCCUCGGUGCGGGCGAGCAUCGAGCGGAAGAGGCAGCGGGCGCUGAUGCUGCGCCAGGCCCGGCUGGCGGCCCGGCCCUACCCGGCGGCGGCGGCUGCGGCUCCCGGAGGUAUGGCUAAUGUAAAAGCAGCCCCGAAAAUCAUUGACACAGGAGGAGGCUUCAUUCUGGAAGAAGAAGAAGAAGAAGAACAUAAAAUUGGAAAAAUUAUCCAUCAACCAGGACCUGUUAUGGAAUUUGAUUAUGCCAUAUGUGAAGAAUGUGGUAAAGAAUUUAUGGAUUCUUACCUUAUGAGUCACUUUGAUCUGGCAACUUGUGAUAACUGCAGAGAUGCUGAUGAUAAACACAAGCUCAUAACUAAAACAGAAGCCAAACAAGAAUAUCUUCUGAAAGACUGUGAUUUAGAGAAAAGAGAACCACCGCUGAAAUUUAUUGUUAAGAAGAAUCCUCAUCAUUCACAAUGGGGUGAUAUGAAACUCUACCUAAAAUUACAGAUUGUGAAGAGAUCUCUUGAAGUGUGGGGUAGUCAGGAAGCAUUAGAAGAAGCAAAGGAAGCUCGACAGGAAAACCGAGAGAAAAUGAAACAGAAGAAAUUUGAUAAGAAAGUAAAAGAAUUACGGCGAGCAGUAAGAAGCAGCGUGUGGAAAAGGGAAACAGUUGCUCAUCAGCAUGAAUAUGGACCAGAAGAAAACCUAGAGGAUGACAUGUAUCGGAAGACAUGUACUGUGUGUGGCCAUGAGUUGACAUAUGAGAAGAUGUGACUGACUAGUUUUCAAGUGUUCACAGAUGAAUGGACCACUCGUGUAAAUAAUGCUUCAGGAAGAAAUUUGUAUGUUAUGGCUUAAGAGCAAUUUUCAGUUACAGUCCAGCAGGUCUGGUUGUGGGCAAAAUACUGGGUCUACCAUAGGGAUGGGAGCUGGGGGGUGGAGUAGGUUCAAAAGUUAGAACUAAAAUUGAGAACUAAGAAGCCAAACCUAACCCUAGACUGGAAUUAGGAGGAAGAGCUUUUAUGAAGUGCAGAAGCAGCUGAAACAUAUUCUUCUCCUAGGAAACAACGCGGAUGGUGGUAGAUACUGGGCCCCAGAGGCUAACGGGUCUUCUAGACUCUGUCUCCACAUGAGGGGGUGGGGAGCCGUUGUUGGACAUGUCCUGACCAACAGCAGCAAUUGAGUUGUGCAGUCUGAUCAUGUUUUCUGUAUCCUUACAGUUUACUACCACAGGCCCUAAUGUCUGUGUCUAUAUGGCCCUUUUCAAAUCCGGAUUAAAAUGGAACAACAGCCA